AACCUUCUCAUUGAUGUCGACUCCUCAAGCAGCGCGGCGAAAACGAAUUAAUCUCGGAAUUGGGGAAUUGCGGGGAGAGGAAGCGAGAGAGAAGAGGCGUUUUUUGUUGAUCUUCUCAUCCAUACUACGUGCGAUAAUUUUUUUUGCUUUCUGUGGAGAUUAUCUUUGUAGACCCUGUCAUCAGCAAUGGCAUCGUCGUUAGAUCAAUGGAUGAAAGAGUUCAAUGAAUCAUCAAGGCUUUCAGUGGAAAUUAGUGUUAUGCUUUCUGAAAGGGGCUCUUUGCCUUCACCCAGGCCAGAAUCCCAACGCCAAUUGACUGCAAUGAGAAGGAAGAUAACAAUUCUCAGGACAAGGCUGGAGAACUUGGAGUCCCUUCUCUCAAAGCUUCCUAGCUUACAGCCAAUAAAGGAUAAGGAAUUACAUAAGCGCCAGGAGAUGCUAUCAAACUUGAAAUCUAAAGCAAAUCAGAUGGCAUCAACAUUAAACAUGUCCAACUUUGGCAACAGGGAGAACUUGCUUGGAGAUGGUAAAAAGCCAGUCGACGUGGCAACAAGAGUUGCUGGGUUGGAUAAUCAGGGUAUUGUUGGUCUGCAGAGGCAGAUUAUGAGAGAGCAAGAUCAGGGUCUUGAAAAUUUGGAGGAGACUGUGUUAAGCACCAAACAUAUUGCAUUAGCAGUUAAUGAAGAGCUGGAUCUUCACACAAGAUUACUUGAUGAUCUGGACCAGCAAGUUGGUGUAACAGACUCAAGGUUACGGAGAGUUCAAAAGCAACUGGCAAUCCUCAACAAGCGAACAAAAGGUGGUUGUUCUUGCAGGUGUCUGCUCUUAUCGGUUGUUGCUAUUGUGCUCCUCAUUGUUGUCGUUUGGGCUCUCAUCAAGUACCUGUAAAAGGGCAUCGUGUAAUAAUGCUAAUUGCAAGCCAGUUGAUCAUCUCGUGUGUGAUUUGUUGCUCUGGCACUUGGUACUCCUGCCUCAAAGUGAGGUUCUUGUAUUUUAUUUUAUUUGAUGUAAAAGGGAUCGAAAAUAUGAAGCAACACAGUUUU